GAGAGAGUGUGCGCACGCUCGCACGCGCGCGCGCGCACGGAUGGAUGGAUGUGGAUGAAUGUGGAUGUGACGGAGGGAGAAGAUUCAGAUUCAGAUUCCCACAUCCUCGGCACAAAACCGGGAGCUCGCGCCGGUGCGGAUUCGCGUCUCGCCGAGAAAUAAAAGGCAUACACACACACACACACACACACACACCCACACACAUACACAGAUAAACACACGCAUAUACACACACGCGCGCGCGCGGUCCGGGAGUGCGUUUCUGCAGUGCAGGACUCUCUCUCUUUCUUUCUUUCUCUUUAAUCAUUUUGGAACCGGGCUUUUUUCUUUUUUUUCUUUUUUGCUUUAAUUUUUGGCUCUAUUUAUGGAUGUUCAAAGUGGAGAUUGAGGAAUUGAUCAGAGGACAACGCAGCCGCGAGAGACUCAACUUUCACACGGACGGGGUUUUUAUUUAUUAAUUAUUUUUCUGUCUGCGGUGGCACGAGCGCAAAAAAAGAAAGACAAACAACCGGGGGAUGUGAAUUGGUGGGACCCUUUAAAGUGCACAGCAGUUCCCUUUUCCCUCUACCUCCUCCUCCUCCUCCUCUUCUUCUUCUUCUUUUUGUGUGAAACAAACAAACAACAACAGCAAAAAAAGAGAGAGAUCAGAUCCGUAUCCGACAUGUCCAGCUUGGAUUGACGCGAUAUCGGACAUCCAUCCCUGUCUGUCUCUCUCCCUUUUUUUUUUUUUUUUUUUUUUUUUUUUUUCUUUUAAAUUAGUCAGCUCGUUUCAGCUCGGUCGGAGGGAGGGGGGUGUUGGUCAUCAACUUUAGGGUGAUGCUUCCUGCCCUGCAUGUGUGUGUGCGCGUGCUUUCGGAGUGUGUUUUUCCCCCCUCGACCUCCUCGCGCUGAGCUUUAACAGAGCAGCCUGCGCCUUCUUUCCUUCAACUUGUUGCACUCUUUUAUCAUCAUCAUCAUCAUUGUUCUUAAUAAUAAUAAUAAUAAUUAACACAGAGGAGAAUCCUGCAAAAAGCGCAAUAAUAUCGACGGACAAGAAAAAGAGGAUGAUUGACAGAAAGCAAAGCUGAGACGGCUGUCUAUCAAAAGUAUCAGCCUACAGAAGACAACUCAUAUCAGACGUCUCCCUCGCUCUCUCUCUUCCUCUCUGUUUAUCGCCCUCGGUUUUCCCGGUGGAUUCGUAUAAAGAGUGUGCGUAGAAGAAGCUGGUAUGCUCCCUCACCUUUGGCACCCUCUGCUCACUAACACUCGGAUUAUUUCGUAAACCGGGCCCCGGGAACACACCUUCACACACUCUCACUGUACCCGUAUUUGCUCGAUCUGUCCAUCCGCGCUCAGGCAGCCAUGCGCGUGUGGUUGAUGGUGACCCUCCAGGCGGCCUGGCCGUGUUUUUUCGGACUGGCCACGCAUCACUACCCCACCACGUGGGGCCACUACGACAUGUGCAAGUCGCAGGUUUACACGGACGAUGGACUCACCUGGGAUUACAUGGCCUGCCAGCCCGAGGCCGCCGACAUGACCCAGUACCUGAAGGUGACCCUCGACCCUCCAGACAUCACCUGCGGAGACCCGCCCGAGACCUACUGUGCCCUGGAAAACCCAUACAUGUGCAACAACGAGUGCGAUGCAUCCACAGAGGAACUUGCCCACCCUCCAGAACUCAUGUUUGACUUUGAGGGUCGCAAUCCCACCACCUUCUGGCAGUCCUCGUCUUGGAGGAAGUACCCUAAACCCUUGGCAGUGAACAUCACACUAUCCUGGAACAAGACCAUCGAGCUGACAGAUGACAUCGUCAUCACGUUUGAGUCAGGCCGUCCUGAGCAGAUGGUGCUUGAAAAGUCCCUGGAUUAUGGGAAGACAUGGCAGCCAUACCAGUUCUAUGCCACUGACUGUUUAGAUGCCUUCACCAUGGAUCCAAAGUCGGUGCAGGACCUGUCCCAGAUCACGCUGCUGAACAUCAUCUGCACAGAGGAGUAUUCACGUGGCUAUGUCUGGAAGUAUGACAAGACUGUGCGCUUUGAGAUCAAGGACCGUUUUGCUCUGUUUGCUGGACCACGUCUCCACAACAUGGCAUCCUUAUAUGGCCAACUGGACACCACAAAGAACCUGCGAGACUUCUUUACCAUCACAGACCUGCGCAUCAGGCUCCUCCGACCCGCCACUGGGGCCACCAUGGUGGAUGAGGGCAACCUGUCCAGAUACUUCUAUGCUAUCUCUGACAUCAAGGUGCAUGGCAGGUGUAAGUGUAACCUGCAUGCGAACAGCUGUGUGUUUGAUAAGGAGAAGCUGAGCUGUGAGUGUGAGCACAACACCACGGGGCCCGACUGCGGACGCUGCAAGAGGAACUACCAGGGCCGAGCCUGGAGCGCCGGGAGCUACCUGCCCAUUCCUAAAGGCACGGCUAAUAUCUGUGUGCCGAAUAACGUGGGUCCAGUGAACUGUAAUUGUAAUCCGUUGGGCUCAGAGAGUGACCGGUGUAAUGGCACUGGGUUCUGUAAGUGUAAGAGCGGAGCGACAGGCAGUAAGUGUCACCUGUGUCUCCCCGGAUAUUUAUGGGACAAUGGCUGCAAAUCCCGAGUGUGUGAUGACGAGCUGCUCCGCUGCCAGAACGGUGGUGUGUGUGUGAACAACGUGAGGUGUCAGUGUGCCCAGGGAUACUCGGGCCUGCUGUGUGAGAAGGUUCGCUGCGACGGCGAAGCCGGCUGCGGCUCGUCUGAUUCGGCUCAGACCUCCGUCCCGUCCUCCGUCAUCAUCAUCCUGCUGAUGGUGCUGCUGCUGCUGAGUUCCGCCUGGGAUUUAACCCUCUGAGAAACACAUGCACACACACACGCACACUCAUACACACACACACAUACACACACACACACACACACACACUACACAAUACAUAUACAAAGCUGAUCAUCAGAAAGCCGAGCGAAAGCGUUAUCUGAGAGGACAAUAAAUAAAUAUAUAAAUAUACAUGUAUACAACAUUUAAAAAUAUUACAAAUCUAUUUAAAAAAAAAAAAAGGUCACAAGAUGUUAUUUAGAGAAUUUAUCCAAGCAUUGCUUCAUAAAAGCGUCAGCGUGAAGGAUUAUGGUGGACUAAGCCAUAGCAGAAACCCAAACUCACCCCUCGUCCUCCUCCUCUUCAUCCUCUCCAUCCUCCUCCUCCUCCUCUCCUCCAGCCUACACCUCCACACCAAGAGCAAACAGGAAGUGGGUCUUGCUACUUCCUCUUUAUCGCCAUGGUAACUUGGGAUCAAGAUGGCGAACGCAACUCUGGACUGCCUUUUUUUUUUUUUGGCUUUCCUCAACACGGAGAAUGUGUCCAGAUCAUGUGGACUAUUUACAAAAUUGUAAAAAGAUCAAAUCAAAAAUAAAUAAAUAAAUAAACAAAUAAACAAAUAAAUAAAGACUCAUGAGAAGAAAAGAAAAAAAAAAAAUCAUAAACAUUCUUUGCUGUCAGUGCAUUGUGGAGAUCAGACUGAGCUGUGUUUAAAGGGAGUCCAUCAGUUUCCACUCGUAUUUGGUGAAAAAGCCUCGACCAUCACUUUUUCCCCCAUUUUAUUUUGUUUGUUUGUUUGUUUGUUUGUUUGUUUUUUAUUCUGAUUUUAUCGUCCAAUGUCAGAGUCAGUGCGGCACUUGUGUAUUAGCUGUCCCCAAAAUAGAAAUAAACCCAUGAAGAAGUGCUUUAAAAAAAAAAAUCAUCAGCGUAUUUAAUUUUUGUAUUUACAAAGAUUUAUUUUCUUUACAAUAAAUAGUACCGAAUGUUUUGUAUUAUUAUUAUUAUUAUUAUUAUUAUUAUUAUUAUUAUUAUUAUAACUACUCAUUUUACUGAUAAACUGUGUUUAAGAGCGAUGUGAUACAUAUGUUAAAGAAACAUGAAAAGAUGGAUGAUUAAACGUUUUCAUUUCCAGGGGGCCAAGCACCGAGAGCCAUGUAUUCAUUAUUUUUGAUCUCAAUCGUGACAAUUGAAUGUACUCAAAGAGCGACUGUGUUAAAAUGUCAAGGAUCGGUUGCACCGACAGGAUACCAACCGAGCAGGAACAGGCCGUUUAUGCUCUAUGAUGUUCGGCCCGAUUUCAACGACCUCGCCUUGUAAAAAAAAAUUCCGCGGAUACGAGUCGAGAUCGGCCGUCUCGUGUUGUGACGUGCUCACGUUUUUGUUUAGUUUUUUUGGCUUCGAUUAAGUGCCACUCCGACCAAAGACGUCCGACGACAACAAAGUAACCGUAUCAUUAAAAUCUCAGUGUGUGAGUGCCGCUAGGACACUUGUCUAAAAUCCACCAAACUCACGGAACAGCUACAACAGCUACGCUAGCAGCGAUGAAGAAACGUAAACAAAACAUGCUAAUACACAGAAGGGAAAUCGGACGAUUACCACAAGCUCACUUGUGUUCGUGUUUAAUGCGAGCCCGUUUUUCUGCACCAGCUGGUUUCCGGUUCUGAUUGACGAUCUAAGCAGGACGUAGUCGUUUCCUGUCAUCGCAGGUCGAUCGUUAGAGCCUCGUAUCAUCGUAUAAUCCGACACCGAGAGCGUACCUUAUCACAGUGAGUCGUGCCAUACUGCGCGCAAAGCAAUAAUCUCAAAUUGUUUAGUCCAAAACCGAAUUUAGGGGCCUAAAAUAAAUAAUUAAACUAAGCAUAUUAUUUAAGAUUAGCUGGGAGGAGACAUAACGACCAGCUUUAGACGGUUUCUAUGACAACUGCUAUAAAUAUGAGCCAGAUCAUCAAAAUGGAGGUGUUUCUGAGCUGAUACAGUACGGUCUUUGUCGUUCUGCUCGAAGAGUCUUUCAAAACAUCUUCACCUGGAUGUUUUUCUACUAUACUAUUAAAAAACAUUGAUCCCCCCCCCCCCCCCCCCCCGAUUAUUUUGCUGUUGGAUCGUGUGCACAGUGUAAUUCAGUUCAUCUGAACGCCGUUUAAGUUCCUUAUGUGUUUUUUUUUUUUUUUGUUCCAAACUUGUUGCAAAGUUUUCACUUCGGGUUUAUGCAUCAGGAAUAAAGUCGGUGUUGUUUAUUUAUUUAUUUAUUUUUCUACUAAACCCACCUGACUUAAUAACUGUCGGUGCAACCUGCUCCUGAAAAUGAGAUCAAAUUACAGUUAAUAUUAUGGGAAGUAUUCCAGUAGUCAGAACACCUGCACAGGUAAUUUAUCAUGGGGAUGUUUUCUCUCCUCAUGUCAUCAAACUGUACAUAAAUUCCUGUUUUGGUAGCACUGUUAAUAAUUAACUGUGUCGGUUUGCCGCUCAAACAGGAUGAGGCCAUCUGCUACAUCUACAGCUUUAAAAAUAAAAAUAAAAACACCCACUAUAACGCAGAUCUGGUGCUUGGCCCCCGCAAAUCGCUGCUUUCAGCUCUAUAUAUAGAUAGAUAACAUGGAGUAUUAGAAUUUAUUUUUUUUUUUUUUAAUUAUGCAGUUUCUUAAGUACUGGCAGCGUGCUAGCAUCAAAGAAUCUUGGAUUACAUGAAAUGAGGCUGACGUGUAAUGACAAAAACCCCACCAAAGGACAUUCUCAAUGUUUUCUCGUUGCUUUAAACACUGAAGAAUUUAAGUGAAUAAAAGUUUAAAAAGACCUUUUAGAGGUG